AUGCGAAAGAGAGCUUUCGGCCACGGCUGGUACCAGAGGCGAGCGGCGGAGACAUCGGGGGGCGAUGAGACCGCCUGGAAUCUGCAUGAUUGGAACUGGGACUCGCAAAACUUCACAGCCACUCCCAAAAAGGGCAUUGUGGCUGCAGCCAAGCCAUGCAGGGCUGCAAAGCGGUGUCGCGUGGAGGGCUGCCGCAGGGAGCUCAGUGAUCUGAGCGCAUAUCACCAGAAGUGUCGCAUUUGUGACAUCCACAUCAAAGCGCCUUCCUUCAUGAGGGCAGGUCUCAAGCAGCGCUUCUGCCAGCGCUGUGGCCGCUGUCAUGAACUGGAUGCUUUUGAGGGCUCCAAGCGAAGCUGCAUAGCCCAGCUGGCAAAGCACAACGCAAGGCGGCGGCGGCAGCAGGGCACCACAGCCGCCUCAGACGAUCUUUCCGCCUUGUCUUUAGACCUGGCAACAGCUCAAAGCAAUGUCUUGGAGAGCCUCAACAGUCGGACGCAUUCUUUGCACGUUCCCAUGUCCCAGGCGCUGCCGCCAGGCUUCUCAUACCAGGGACUGAUGGGACCCGACGUUGCUCUGGGAAUCCCCAUCGGCGUCCAGGGCAACAUGCAGGCACACACUUCGGCAGCAAUGCCCCUCAUGAUGAGUUCAAUGCAGGCGCCACCAACCACCAGUAUGGUAUCAAGCAUGGAGCAGGCACUAAUGCAGAUGGGCCACCCAUCUGCCGCUGGCCAAUUGGAAUCACCUCAGGAAUCCAUCACUCCAGAGUUUGCAGAUGACAAACCAGGACCCAUCCAGCAGCAGCCUGUGACAGCAGCGAGUGCGGUGGCGGCGGGGCUGCCGGCCGCGGCUGCGUAUCAGGCGAACAGCCUUGUGGUGCGGCUGUCGGUGAAGCUAUUCAACUGCACGCCAGGAGACCUGCCGCAGGGCCUGCGCGAGCAGCUCUGUAAUUGGCUCUGCGCCACACCCGCUGGCGCUGAGGGCUACAUCCGACCAGGCUGCCUCCACCUCACCAUGCAGGUGCAUGUGGACGCGGCUGCGGAGGUGGCGGAGGGAGUGAUGCCGGUGGUGGAGAGCCUGCUGGAGCAGCCGGGGGAGUUGUGGCGCACGCACCGCAUGCUGCUGCAGCGCGACGCGGAGGUGGCCCUGGUGCACGACGGCCAGCUGCAGUCCGUAGCAGUCGCGCUGUCAGCCCAACAACCAGGCAACACCCAGCCCCUCAUCCGUGAGGUGUUGCCAAAGGUGGUUGUGUGCCAGGAGGGCGCCCAUCAAGACAUCGCCGUGCAGGUGACAGGGGUCGGCCUGGCCUCUGCUGACACCACCAUCCUGGCCCGCUGCCACGGGCACUACCUAGAAGUCCAGGUGGAGGGUGAGCAGAGCGAGGGUGACAAGUCCCUGCUGAGCCUGAGGCUGCGCGGCCCGGCAGCCCCCGGGCUGGUGUGGGUGGAGACGCAGCAUGGUGUCAUGCUCAGCCCUGCCACGCCCUUACUAAUCCUCCCCGCGGGCCUUCACGACCUGGCCGCAGAUGUGCUGCGCAUUGUAUCAAGCCCCGCCAAGCAGGAGGCAUCCGCUGACUCCCAGCGCAAGUGCUGCGACGGCUUCCUGGCGGACCUGGGCCUGGUGAUAUCACAGGCUGGUGCCUUGCCGGGGCCGGCCGGCAGCACUCUAGAGCACCCUGCGGAGCAGCUCACGUGCGCCGCCGCACAGCCUGGCCCACCGGUAACGGCCACUCUGGUGACGAGGACGGCGCGGCACCUGCUGGCGUUUGCAUGCGACGCGGGCGCGCCGGCUCUGGCGCACUUCCUGCUCCCCAGCGCGAGCGUCGGCUGCCGCAGCGCGGCGGAGGUGGUUGCGGCUGUGGACGGCGUGGAGGCGCAGGGUGGAAGCACGCUGCUGCACCGUGCCGCGCGCUCCGGCUCCGGGCCGCUGUUGCGCGGGCUACUGGCCUGGGGGUCCACCAAUGGCUACCGCUGGAAGGCGGACGCGCGGGAUGCAAAUGGGUUGACUCCCCUGCAUUUCACUGCCAUCGUGCCGGAUGCUGACCUGGCGGUGCACCUGCUGCUUGCAUGCGGCUGCAGCCCGCGGGUUUGGUUCACUGCCGCGGCGGACGACGGCCUCACGCCAGCACAUUUUGCUGCCCGCGUUGGACGCAACGAUCUUAAUGAGCGGAUGCUGCUCCUUGCACAGGAGGCACAGCCUGGAUCACUGCCGAUCAAGCCAGGCUGCGGGUGCACUUGCGGCGACGCGUGCGCGUGCAGCCGCUCUGGGAUAUGCCGCUGCGCCGCGGCCUCUGAAGGCCCCAGCUGUGGUGGCUCCGGUGGCCACUCCUCCGACGCAGGGGCCGUCUCAAGUGGCGGACAGAGCUCUGCCGGCGGCUGCUGCGGCAGCACCGGUAGCUGUGGGGGGACGGUUGUGUAUGCCGAUAGCGUGCCAUCCGCUUGCAGUUCCAGUGAUGGUGCACUGGCGCCAGCAGGCAACCGCCCCAUGUCAGCCUGUUGCGUCGGGGUGUCGCUGUGAUUUAUGGAUGGUAUUUUGCUCUAGCGUGCAUGUUGCAAAUGUCCAAUUUUCGUAGCUGGAAUGGUUGAAUAAAUAGACAGUGUUGUUUAUGACACAGGAAUGAUAUGUCGCUGGGUUUGCCAUGUCAUAACAUUGCAGCAUUUAAAACAUUGACCCC